AUGUCCAACUUGGAUUUGCCCUUCCGAAGCCUCGCAGCAGUUAUAACUGGAACAAGUGUACUCCUCAUAAUGAACAUCGUCAGUGUCAUUGGAAACAUUCUGGUCUGUUUAGCAAUGUACAGAAACCCAAACCUACGAUCAACUACCAAUCUUUAUAUUAUCGCUUUAGCAGUCAGCGAUCUAAUUUGCGCAACAGUUGAAAUGCCAUUAGCUUCAGCUGUUUUUAUCACCGGAAAAUGGGAUUUCGGAGACGCCUUAUGCCAGAUUCAAGGUUUUGUGGAUGCAUUUGCCUCAUAUGUAACCCCAGCAACCAUGACUUUGACAGCGUUUAACCGCUAUAUGCGGAUUGUUAAGACAAACCACUACAACAGGGUAUUCUCACCGCUUAGGUCUAAAAUUUGGCUGAGCUGUGUGUGGCUUUUCCUUUUCCUCUAUCUUUUGGUUGGUCGACUCACAGGCUGGAACAAGUUUCAAUUUAUACCUGGUUAUGCAGUAUGCUCUAUAGCCUUUGUUAAAAAGGAAAAUCGCAUAAUUCACUAUUUUCUCAUGUUUGGGAUCCUCUUUGUUUUGCCUUUCUCUGUGGGUUGUUUCAGUUACUACAAAGUUUUCACCAAAAUUAAGCAACAUCAGCAGAACGUGGCAUCUUCGCUUCAGAAUGCAUCAAAUGGCACAGGAAGAAUUUCUGCCAAAGAGAUCAAUAUAAGUCGAGCUUUAGGGUAUGUUGCCGCUGGAUUCCUUUUCUGUUGGAUCCCUCCCUGGGUGUUUGUGUUUUGGAAGCGCUUCUCUCCUGAUACUUCUCCAAGAACCACGGAGUUACUUGUCACCAUUUUUCUCUUCAUGAGUGCCACGAUCAAUCCCGUGAUUUACGCUACAACAAAUCCUCAUUUUCGAAAGGAAUUUGUCAAACUCUUAUGCUGGUGUAACGGGGAGAAAAUUCAACCAACCGAGGGCCGGUCAAGUGAGGAGCAGUAA